AUGUCUCAUAAGGUGUGCAGUGUUUGGGGCCUCUUGGUCCUGCUGUUUGCAGCGAUAUGGGAGUCUGAGACACUAAAUGUUGAAUUGGAGGCAUCCAUGCACUCUGGCAUGCUCUCCGAUCUACACAGCAUCGCAGCAGCAGCGCCUCCUACUGGUAUCCCAGACUCCUCUGCAGUGGUGGGGCAGCUUUUCCAGAUGAAGAUCCCAGUGGUAUCAACAGACUGUGGGACCAGAUCAACAAUGCUCUCUGAAGUUGGCAGGGCUGAAUUACCUCCCUGGCUGCACUGGGAUGCAGAACAUUGUCUUCUGCUGGGUGUACCACUAGAGGGCGAUAAAGGGCUCCAUCAUAUUAGUGCAUCUCUGUUAGAGCUGGACAGUGAGAGCAGCACCAACAGUAACUUACCCCAGCUGGAGGUGUUUACCAUCACCGUGGCAUUAGAGGAACAGUCAGAAGUAGAAGUCGUCCCUUUGGUGUCUCAGGUCGAAUGUUACUUAUCUGCUGCGUGUGUGUGUGCAAGUGGUCAACCAGUCACGGUGCUAACAGUCAUCCUUGAUGCUGACCUUACCAAAAUGAGCUCAUUGGACCGGGUCGCCCUGUUGAGUAAAAUGAGUCAUUUUGCCAACGUGGCUCCAGAGCAAAUGCGAGUAAUGCCAGUUGUUAAUAACCGUCUUUUUGACAUGUCUGCAUUCGUGGCUGGUCCAGGCAAUGCCAAGAAAGUGGUAGAGAAUGGGGUGCUUUUGUCGUGGAAACUAGGUUGCGCCCUUGACCAAACCAACCUGCCUGAUAUCAGUGGUGUUCAAGUGCCAGCUAAAGAUGGCUCCAUGUCGGCUCUACUGGGCUACCCUGUGGUUGGCUGGCACAUUGUCAAUAAGAAACUGCAUGUCCCCAAACGGAUCAGGAGGCAGAUUCACAACACCCCAACUCCCGUUCCCUCGCUGAUUCCCCCAACUACCCACCCUGAACCUGCUGGUCGCAUUGUGCCCACACUGACCUCUCCUUUCAUUGCCCCAACCACAGACAUCUCAACACCCCCUGUGCGUGGACUCCUUCCUCUGCCAAUGAAACCCACCAUCAGGAUCAGAGAUCAGGUGGCUCAUACACCCACCCUUGGCCCACCACAGCCCACCCGUGUCUUGGGUACCAUCAGCACCAUCUCCUUACAGCCCACACUCACUCGCCCUGGCUUUGUGGAGGCUACUGCCUCCGUUACACCUCCGACCACCCGCAAACCCAAGACCUCCACUACCAAGAAGAGCAGGAAGCAGAAGACCACCCCUGUGCCGAGAGAGCCUAAAACCAGCACAAUCAAACCUCCUAGACGCACAACCCACCCAAUCCACCCCUCUGACUCCAAAAACCACAAACCCGAGCUGCGGAACGCUAUAGAUGAGGUGAAGGUGUGGGUCGGGACAUACUUUGAGAUGAAGAUUCCAGCUGACACGUUCUUCGACCGAGAGGACGGGAGCACAGAGCACCUGCGUUUGACAUUGCGAAAUCAGAGCCAGAUCAUUGAUGAAGGUUUUUGGAUCCAGUUCAACAGCACAAGCCAGCUCCUCUAUGGACUCCCAGACCACCAUCAUGCUGGACGCCAUGAGUUCUUCAUGCUUGCAACAGAUAAAGGAGGCAUGACUACCACUGAUGCCUUUGAGGUCCAUGUCAACCACUGGCCUAUCAAUGACCAAUCACCUGUGGUGUUUGCUGCCCGUUUCCAUGGAGAGCCUAAAACUUUGACUAAUGAUGUUCACAAGAAGAUCCUGUUGAGCAGGAAGCUGGCUUCAGCACUGGGAGAUCGCAACAGCAGUGCCAUCACCCUGAAAAACAUUUCCAAGGGUUCUAUCAUUGUGGAGUGGACCAAUAGCAGCCUGCCACAAAACCCCUGCCCAAAGGAACAGAUCCAAGCUAUGUGUCGAAGGAUCUCAGAUCCCCAGGGCCGACCAACUCCUACCUUCUACAGUGCCAUGGAGCCAGAGUUCAAACCCAUCAACAUCACUGUCCGUGGGAUUCACAAAUGCCAUAGGUACAUGUUUGUGCCACCGAAGGAGAUGCCCAUCCGUGCGUCCCCUGCGCCGACGUCAUCUCCGGGAACAGGCCGCCGCAGCACCGAUGAUGUUUACUUGCACACGGUAAUCCCUGCAGUGGUGGUGGCAGCGCUGCUGCUUACUGCUGGCUUCAUCGCCAUGGUCUGUUACCGCAAGAAAAGGCACGGGAAGAUGACAACCGAGGAGCAGGCCACUUUCAUAAAGAAAGGCGUACCCAUCAUCUUUGCAGAUGAACUGGAUGACGCUAAGUCCCCACCUUCCUCCAGCAUGCCACUGAUCCUGCGCGAAGAGAAGCCCCCAUUGCCUCCACCACAAUACCCCAGCUCAGCAUGUGGAGAGGGGACAUUACUCAACCAUCAGACCCUGGAGGAGUACAUUGCUCUUAGCGACGAAGACCCAAAUGCCCCUCCCUACCAACCCCCUCCCCCCUUCACGGUCCCCAUAGAAGGCAAAGGCUCACGUCCCAAAAACAUGACAGCCUAUAGAUGUCCCCCUCCAUAUGUACCACCCUAG